AGUAGAAAAGAUUUAAAGGAAGCAAUUUUUAAUUCUUAAAAAGAAGAAAAAAAAAAAGCAAAUUUUUCUUGUUGGGGAUCGGAGGCAAUUAAAAUUGGGAAUUUUGGGAGUGGAAAGGGAGGAAGGGAUGGGGAGGGGAGGAGGAGGAGGAGGAGAAGAGAGAGCAAUGGCUGCAAGGGAAUGGCUGGAAAGCCUGAUGGCGAGGGUGGAUGGUGCGUCGACGACGGCGGCGGAGUUCGCCGGCUCAAAGGCCGGCAAUUUCGAUGCGAUCGCCAUGUGGGGUCUCAAAGUCCUGCACGUGGGUGGUGGCCGUGCUCUAUGCUCUCUUUGCGUCCCUAAAUUUCUCACUGGUGAGGAUGGGUACUGGCAUGCAGGUUCAAUAGCAACUGUGAUCGACGAUGUUGGGGCUACUGCCAUCAUGACCGCAGAGGGCCAUAUCAAAGUCUCAGUUGACUUUGAAAUCUCCUAUUUCUCUCCAGCUAAAGUCAAUGAGGAAGUGGAGAUAGAUGCAAAGGUUGUAGGACACAAGGGGCAGCUCUCAGUGGUGUUGGUGGAGAUAAGAAAGCAGCUUUCAGGGGAGCUUGUGGCCCUUGGGAGACAGUGGAUGUCUACCCCUAGAAUGAUAAUUAAAGGUAAUUUAUAGUUUGUGAUGAAUAUUAUCCAACAUUGUUCCUCUAUGAUUCUCAAAAUAAAACUAUGGUUUGGUUAAUUCAAGAGCUUGUUUGGUGUGCUGUACCAUUCUCAAAAAUCACUUUUAGAAAAGCUCUUGUAAGAGCUUUAUUAUUAUUAUUAUAAUUAAUAAAAGAGUUCCUAUGUCAAA